AUGGCGACUUCUCAAGAUACUAGUAAAUGGACGGCCCCGGUGGUUAGGAAAGAAUUCUUGAACUUUUUCGAGAAGCAUGCUCAUUCUGUUGUGCCGUCGUCCUCUGUGGUCCCUCACAAUGACCCCACUCUCCUCUUUACGAAUGCUGGUAUGAACCAGUUCAAGCCGAUUUUUCUCGGCACGGUGGGAAAGACUGAUGAUAUGGCACAACUGAAGAGAGCAGUGGAUACACAAAAGGAUCUCGAUGAUGUCGGAAAGGAUAGUUACCAUCAUUCGGAUGCUAUUGCGAUGGCAUGGGAGUUACUCACGAAGGUUUACGGGUUAGAUCCAGAUCGAUUAUACGUCACAUAUUUUGAAGGCGAUUCGGAAAAUAACGUACCGGCGGAUACAGAGGCUAAGGAGUUAUGGCUGAAGGCUGGAGUUAAGGAGGACCAUAUCCUGACAGGAAACAUGAAGGAUAACUUUUGGGAGAUGGGGGAGACAGGACCUUGCGGACCUUGUAGUGAGAUCCAUUACGACAGAAUAGGAGGAGGGCGCAAUGCUGCUCAUCUUGUCAAUCAGGAUGACCCUAACGUAUUGGAAAUUUGGAAUAUCGUCUUUAUCCAAUUCGACCGACAGAAGGAUAGAUCGCUGAAGACUCUACCAGCCAAACAUAUUGAUACUGGUAUGGGUUAUGAACGUCUGGUAUCGGUAUUGCAGGAUAAAUCGUCAAAUUAUGACACAGAUGUUUUCUCUCCAUUAUUUGCCAAGAUUCAAGAAGUUACACAGGCCAGACCAUAUACCGAUAAAUAUGGUAAGGACGAUACCGACGGGAUCGAUACCGCUUAUCGUGUUAUUGCUGAUCAUAUUCGUUUACUCACUUUCGCUAUUUCCGAUGGAGGUGUUCCCAACAACGAAGGACGGGGCUAUGUUGUUCGACGUGUUUUGAGAAGAGGAUCCCGUUAUGCGCGAAAAUACUUCAAUGCCGAGAUUGGUAGCUUCUUUUCCAAAAUCCUGCCAGCUCUAGUUGAACAAAUGGGCGAGCAAUUUCCUGAGAUAGUCAAAAAGCAACAAGAUGUCAAGGAAAUUCUAGAUGAAGAAGAAGAGGCUUUUGCUAGAACUUUGGAUCGUGGUGAGAAGAUGUUCGAGAAAUACGCCGCCCAAGCCAUCAAGACGAAUACCAAAAAACUUUCAGGUGCAGACGUAUGGAGAUUAUACGACACUUUUGGUUUCCCAGAAGAUUUGACCAAAAUCAUGGCUGAGGAGAGAGGCCUUGAGACAGAUGAAGGGGAGAUCGAGAUUGCCAAAGAGAAGGCGCGUGAGGCUAGUAAAUCCGUCAAGGAGGCUGCACACACUUUCGCGAAAUUAGACGUACAUCAAAUUGCCGAGCUUGACAACAUAGGUAUCGCUCGAACCAAUGAUGACGCCAAAUUUUCAAAGGGCGAUUCAACAGGCAAGGUCCAGCUCAUUUACGAUGGCAAGAGCUUCCUCAAGAGCACGGCAGAUUUGCCAAGUGAUAAGCCAUUUGGCAUUCUCCUAGAUAAGACUAACUUCUACGCUGAACAAGGUGGUCAAGUUUUCGACACAGGCAAAAUCAUAAUUGAUGGUGUUGCAGAAUUCAAGGUUCUUGAUACUCAAGCAUAUGGUGGAUACAUUGUCCAUAAUGGUUACAUGGACUAUGGAAACUUCAAGGCUGGAGACGAGGUCAUUUGCGAAUACGACGAAUUAAGAAGACAACCUAUCCGGAACAAUCAUACUGGUACACACAUUCUCAAUCAUGCGCUGAGGGAGCAUUUAGGCGAAGAUAUCAACCAAAAGGGAUCACUUGUCGACCAAGAGAAAUUGCGAUUUGACUUCUCGCAUAAAGCUCAAGUCACUCUACCUGAACUCAAGAAGAUCGAGGACUCUUCUAAUUCUUACAUCAAACAAAACUGCAAGAUUUACUCGAAAGAUGUUGAUCUUGACACUGCAAAGGCUAUUGAAGGUGUCCGUGCUGUCUUCGGCGAAACAUACCCGAAUCCCGUUCGAGUGGUGUCGGUGGGUGUCGAGAUCGACGUUCUACUCGCUGAACCAAAGAACCCAGAAUGGCGAAAAGUCAGUGUCGAGUUCUGUGGUGGAACUCAUGUCGAUCAGACUGGCAUUAUUAAGGACCUCGUUAUUGUCGAGGAGAGUGGUAUUGCCAAGGGAAUUCGAAGAAUCAUCGCCUAUACUGGUGAUGCCGCGCAUGAGAUACAGAGAGUCGCCUCAGAAUUCGGCAAACGUAUUGCUGCUUUAGAUGCUAUGCCUCACGGCGUAGAGAAGGAACAGGAGGUCAAAGCAACACAAAAUGACUUGAACCACCUUACUAUUUCAGUAUUGACUAAAGAGGACUUGAAGAAGAAAUUCACCAAGGUUCAAAAAGAUGUUCUUGAUGAGCAAAAAAAGAAGCAGAAGGCCGAAUCCAAGACUGCUUUGGAUACUGUUACUGCUCACUUUGCUGAUCCAAAGAACAAGGACAGCAUCGCGUAUAUUGCACAAUUACCAAUCUCUGCAAACUCCAAGGCUAUCGCUGAAGUGAUGAACCAUUUCAAGUCCAAAGCAAAGGAGAAGACAGUUUAUCUCUUUGGAGGCAGUGCUAGUGAGGGUGCUGUCGUGCACGGAGUUUACGUCGGUACAGAUGCUGCUUCUAAGGGCGUGAGCGCGGAGCAAUGGGCUGCAGCAGUCUCGGAGGUCAUAGGAGGUCGAUCUGGUGGCAAGGAGCCAACUCGCACUGGUCAAGGAACCAAUGCUGAUAAGAUCGAUGAUGCUGUUGCUGUUGCCGAGAAAUGGUUUGCAGAGAAAUUGAAGCUUUGA